GACAUUAAAACAGAAAAUAUUUCUAAACAUUUACAGCGAAACAAGCCCAUCUAAGAGUACUUUUAUUUAAGUGAUUCGUUAGACACUCUACUCUGUUUUAUCACUAUGUUGUUGAGUAUAUUAACUGUCCCUAGUAAGUUCUCAACUGCGAGUAAUAAACAUGUUGAAAACAUCUCUAUAUGUUUCUAGCUAACCACACUUGCAGAAGUUUACUGAGAUGAAUGCAAUGGAAAUAGAGUACUCCGGUGGCGCCACCAGCGAUGCAGCUGAGGAUGACUUGGAUUUAUCAAGUUGGGGAGGAGACAAUCAUCAACAUUCUGCCAUGUAUUUGGUUUGGGAAGAUCUAAAUGUUGUUCUUCCAAACUUUGGAAAUGGACAUAGUAAGAGGCUGCUUGAUGGGCUAAGUGGGUUUGCUGAGCCUGGAAGGAUCAUGGCCAUUAUGGGCCCUUCUGGCUCUGGCAAAUCAACUCUUCUUGAUUCAUUAGCAGGAAGACUUUCAGGAAAUGUUGUCAUGACUGGAAAUGUUCUUCUAAAUGGGAAGAGAAGAAGACUAGACUAUGGUGUUGCUGCUUAUGUGACACAACAGGAUUUGCUACUGGGAACUCUUUCAGUGAGAGAAACCAUAACUUACUCAGCUAUGUUGAGGCUACCAAGAACUCUAUCGAAGCAUGAGGUGGAUGAGAUUGUUGAGGCAACCAUUAUGGAAAUGGGACUCCAAGAUUGUGCAGAUGGGCUUGUUGGAAACUGGCAUAUAAGAGGUAUAAGCGGUGGAGAGAAGAAGAGACUAAGCAUUGCCCUUGAAAUCCUCACAAGGCCUCGUCUCUUGUUUCUAGAUGAACCAACCAGUGGUCUUGACAGUGCCUCAUCUUUCUUUGUUAUUCAAACUCUUAGGAACAUUUCUCUUGAUGGCAGAACAGUUAUCUCUUCAAUCCAUCAGCCGAGUAGUGAAGUUUUUGCACUCUUUGAUGAUCUUUUCUUGCUUUCUGGUGGUCAAACAGUUUAUUUUGGACCAGCAAAGAUGGCCGUUGAGUUCUUUGCCAAAGCAGGAUUUCCAUGUCCAAGUAGAAGAAAUCCCUCUGAUCACUUUCUUAGAUGUAUUAAUUCGGGUUUCGACCAGGUGACAAACACUUUGAUGAGCACUCGCAAAAUCCAUAACUCAGAUCCUUUAAUGGAUAUACCAAUAGCAAAGAUAAAAGCAACUCUGGUUGAGAAGUACAAGAACUCGGAGUACACAACAAGAGCUAAAGCUAGGAUGAGAGAAAUCUCAUCCAUUGAAGGGCUUGUAGUAGAAAGCAGACGUGGGGGCCAAGCGAAAUGGUGGAAGCAACUCUCAGUGUUGACUUGUAGAUCUUUCAAGAACAUGUCAAGAGAUGUUGGGUACUACUGGGUAAGAAUCGUAGUUUACAUAGCACUAUCUCUUUGUGUUGGCUCCAUAUUCUUCAACGUUGGCACGAGCUUCACUGCAAUCUUGGCACGAGGAGCUUGUGGGGGGUUCAUAGCUGGUUUCAUGACUUUCAUGGCCAUUGGAGGCUUCCCAUCUUUCCUUGAAGAAAUGAAGGUGUUCAACAAGGAACGACUGAAUGGUUAUUAUGGGGUUGGUGUUUAUGUCGUAUCGAAUUUCCUAUCUUCUUUUCCCUUUCUGGCUCUGAUGUCGUUUGCCACUUCAACUAUAGUUUACUACAUGGUGAAAUUUAGGCCUGAGUUCCAUUGUUACAUAUACUUUUUCCUCGAUCUCCUAUGCUGCAUUGCUACUGUGGAGAGUGCCAUGAUGAUUGUAGCUUCUCUUGUUCCCAACUUCUUGAUGGGAGUCACAGUUGGCGCUGGAUAUCUGGCAAUUAUGAUGAUGACUUCUGGCUUCUUCCGCCCAAUACCUGAUCUUCCCAAACCAAUAUGGCGUUAUCCCAUUUCAUACAUCAACUAUGGGGCCUGGGGUUUAGAGGGAGCAUACAAGAAUGAUAUGAUUGGCCUUGAAUUUGAUACCCUCAUAUCAGAUGGGACGAAGCUGAAAGGCGAGUUUAUUCUCACGAGUAUGCUAGGCAUAAGACUGAAUCAUUCAAAGUGGUGGGAUUUGGCAGCUAUUAUCUUCCUUGUUGUGUCCUUUAGACUUAUCUUCUUUGCCAUUCUCAAGUUCAUGGAGAGAGCUUCACCUUAUGUUAGAACAUUGUACACCAACAGAACUCUGAAGCAUCUGAAGAAGCGCCCUUCAUUCAGGAAAACUCCAUCUUUCCCUUCCAAGAGGCAACAGCCUCUCCAUCCAUUGUCAGUUCAAGAGGGUCUCAAUUCCCCUCUGCAUUACUAGCAGGCAGCAACACACUCCUAUUUUCUUUUUUCCAGUUAUCACUUGGCCUUUUCACAAGUUCGAUCAAGAAAAAAAGGCGGUUGUGAAAUGGGGUCACCGAUAGAGUUCUUCUCUGCUGGGACUGCACUUCUGCGGUUAGCAGAGGCAGUGUAAGGAUACUUAACCGUGGUGCCUAUGGUGUCAUUAACUGAGAAAGUUAGCUUCACUCAAAACCCACUUGAAUUGCUUGGUCUAGAUUUGUUUGAAAGUUGAACUAACAAUAAAAUUUUACACGGUGAACA